GGGACCUGCGGACUGUACUCAGUGAGGAAGAUGGCGGUAUGAGGUGGUGACGGCCAGCGGCGCUGUGUUGGUCCGAUGUUGGCUGGCUCAUGGAGCGCUCGUGGCGGCUCUCCCUGUCUGCGGUGCUGGUGCUGGCGGCCGCGGUGUGCGGCCUGGUGGAGCAGGGGGCCCCCGGGGCGGCGGCUGGAUACCCCUGGGAGGAGCAGGAGCAGAGCAGCCUGAGCUCCGUGUCCGCCGGGGCUGCCGCCUUCCCGGCCGGGGAUGUGAUCGUGGAGGACGACGAGUCGGCGGCCGACCAGGACUACCAGGAUGGGGGCAGCCGGGAGGAGCUCAGACCCAGAUCUUUAGUCAUUAUCAGCACACUGGAUGGCAGAAUUGCGGCUCUGGAUGCAGAUAACCACGGCAGAAAGCAGUGGGACCUGGACAUUGGCUCAGGGUCGCUUGUAUCUUCAAGCCUCAGUAAACCAGAGGUUUUCGGCAAUAAAAUGAUUAUCCCCUCUCUGGAUGGAGACCUUUUUCAGUGGGAUCGUGACAGAGAAAGCAUGGAAGCUGUUCCAUUUACAGUGGAGUCUCUUUUGGAGUCUUCUUACAAGUUUGGUGAUGAUGUGGUAUUAGUUGGAGGAAAGUCCCUCACAACCUAUGGUCUCAGUGCCCAUAGUGGCAAGGUUAAGUACAUCUGCUCUGCCAUGGGUUGCCGGAGGUGGAAUGAAGAAGACACUGAACAAGAUGAUAUACUUUUACUGCACAGGAAGCAGAAAACUGUGCGUGCUGUGGGCCCUCGCAGUGGUAGUGAGAAGUGGAACUUUAGCGUGGGGCACUUUGAAUUGAGAUAUAUCCCAGAUAUUGAACCUGGGGUAGGAUAUAUUGAGGGGCAGUUGGAGCCCACCUACAACCAUGAUGAUUCUAAAAUCAUUUCAGACAUGGAUGAACAGGAAGCUGGAACAAAUGAUAUGGUCAUAAAGGUUUCUGUCGCGGACUGGAAGGUUAUGGCCUUUAGCAGACAGUUGGGACAUCUGGAGUGGGAGCAUCAGUUCUGUACUCCUAUUGCAUCUGCAUGGUUGGUUAGAAACGGAAAAGUAAUUCCAAUCAGUCUGUUCGAUGACAAUAGCUACACAUCGGAUGAUGAUGUGUUAGAAGAUGAGGAGGAUAUCGUUGAGGCUGCAAGAGGUGCCACAGAGUCAAGCUUCUAUUUGGGAAUGUACCGUGGCCAGCUUUAUUUACAGUCAUCUGUUAGAAUAUCUGAGAAGUUUCCAGUAAGCCCAACAGCCUUGGAUACCAGAAAUGAUAAUGGUAUCAUAUCUUUACCCCGAAUCAAGUGGAAACCGUUGAUCCACUCCCCAUCGAGGACUCCUGUUUUAGUCGGUUCCGAUGAAUUUGAUAAAUGUCUCAGUAAUGACAAAUUUUCCCACGAGGAAUAUAGCAAUGGGGCUCUCUCUGUCCUGCAGUAUCCUUAUGCAAUGUUUUGCGGCAUCCCCAGGCUUGAACGGCAAAGAACCACAAAGCACAUUCUAACAUCUGUCAGCUCUGCUGGACAUCCAGUCCACCAUUCUCCAGCACUAACUACGGACAAUGGAUACUAUUUGCCUUAUUACAAGAGGGAGCGCAGUAAAAGAGGGACUCAGAUUACUGUUGGAAUACUAGAAAACCCAAACUUCAAGAACAUUCGCAAAAAGGACCCCGUUCUCCUCUUGCACUGGUGGAAAGAGAUUCUAGGCACAAUUCUUCUGUGCAUCAUGACUACCACCUACAUUGUACGCAGAUUGUUUCAACCCAAUCCAAACAGUGCCAGGAUAAGGAAGGAGUCUGAAACACAGUGUCAGACAGACCAUAAAUAUGAUGGGGCUAGUGGAGACGCUAAAGAUAACUGGAACGAUUACAAGAACUGUGGAUACAUCUCACGGUACCUUACAGAUUUUGAGCCUAUUCAGUGUUUAGGACGUGGAGGUUUUGGAGUGGUGUUUGAAGCCAUGAAUAAAGUAGAUGAUUGCAACUAUGCUAUCAAGAGGAUCCGCCUACCGAACAGGGAUCUGGCUCGUGAGAAGGUAAUGCGUGAAGUUAAGGCUUUAGCCAAGCUGGAGCAUCCUGGCAUUGUGCGAUAUUUCAAUGCAUGGUUGGAAGCUCCCCCGGAGUUAUGGCAGGAAAAGAUGGACGAGCUGUGGCUGAAGGAAGGAAGCACCGACUGGCCUUUCAGUUCUCCAACAUCUCCUGAUUGUCUGUCUAUCAAAGUACGAAGUGCUGACCAAUACUCCAUGAAGGAACAGGUUGAAGUGCUCACGCCAUCAUCAGAAAGUUUAAGCUCCCUUUCUGCUGGUUUUGUUGCUCUCCCUUCAAAAGACUAUGAGAGACAGCCAUCUCUUCCCAAGUUUCCUACAUUAGAAAAUUUUAACCAAUCACAAAGUUCUAUUAUAAACUUUCCGGAUGGCUGCGUUACGGACUGUGAUGUGAACCACAGUGACCUUGAAAAUGAUCUGGACUAUAAUCAUGAUCAUUGCCCUCGUACCAUUGCAGAUAUAGGGUGGCAUGAACGAACUUCUUCAUCCAUAGUGUUUGAAGACUCUGGCUGUGAUAAUGCAUCAAGCAACGUAGAUCACAAAAUGGAUUUAUCAAUCCCUGUAACAUAUAGUGACUUUUCUGAAAGAGAGAGCACAAAGGACUCAUGUGAAAGCAAGCCCACAUCCCCAAGCACUUUGUCCAUCUCCCCUCCUAGACCAAAAACCUUAAGUUUAGAUUUAACAAAAAAUACAGUUGAAAAAGUUAAAACCACUUCUCCGAAGGUUUACCUCUACAUUCAGAUGCAAUUGUGCCGCAAGGAAAAUCUUAAAGAUUGGAUGAGCGUUCGAUGCACACUAGAGGACAGGCCUCGGGCUGAAAGUCUACAUAUAUUUCUGCAGAUUACAGAUGCAGUACACUUUUUACAUAGCAAAGGUCUCAUGCACAGGGAUCUGAAGCCUUCCAAUAUAUUUUUUACUCUGGACGAUGUGGUAAAGGUGGGUGACUUUGGGUUGGUUACCGAGAUGGAGCAAGAAGAUGACGAUGAUGAAGCCGUUUUGACACCAAUGCCAGCCUAUGCCCGUCAUACAGGGCAAGUGGGAACAAAGCUCUACAUGAGCCCAGAGCAGAUUUAUGGCCAAAGUUACUCUCACAAAGUGGAUAUAUUCUCUCUGGGGUUGAUUCUGUUUGAGCUGCUUUAUCCAUUUAGUACACAAAUGGAAAGGGUCAGGAUAUUAACACAAUUGCGUGACCUGAAGUUUCCUGCCCUCUUCACACAGAAAUAUAUAGAGGAGCAACAUAUGGUUCUGCAUAUGCUGUCCCAUAACCCAAGUGAAAGACCCGAAGCAGAAGAGAUCAUUGAAAAUCCUUUGUUUGAGAGUAUUGAGCUUCCUGGCAAACUGACUCUUAGGCAGAGGUCACGAACACUAAGCACCUCUGGCUUAAAGAACUUAAAACAAUCCAGCAAGUAACCACAGCACACAAAGACCCUCAUUUCUCCCAGUUCAUCAUUGUGUGUUUUUGUUUUGUUAUUCUUGACUGUUUAGUCACAUUGUCUCUGACUUGUUUGGAAUCUGUAUUUGUAGCCUUUUUAUAUCCGUUUUGAGACAGUGACUGUGGACGUUUCUGCCGUGUAGAGCAGCAUAACUUCAUACCCAGGGCUACUUUUGUUUUAAUGAAGUGGACUGACGAAGUACUUUUUAAAAUGAAAUCGAAGGACAAAAAAAGCAUGCAAAGCAAAAACAGAGUAAGAUCCACAUCUCAGAUCAUUGUUUCUCAGUGUGGUGUCCUUAAAAUUGUUCUUUUUAAACCUUCUGUUUCCCACAAACUCUACACCACUGUUUAACUUCCGAAAUACAAUGGAUUCUAUUAUGGUUACUUAGGAAUCAAAGGUUGUUAAAAUUCUUUGUAAUUUUAAUAUAUUACAUGAUGUAAAAGCACAGUUUUUUGCAGCAAGAAAACGGAUUACUUUUUUUUUUUCAAAUUCAAAUUGAAAGA